UCAGGAUCUAAAAUCCAGAGCACCCCAACAAAGGCUGGGGGGGAUCGCUACAUUCCCAACCGCAGCACUAUGCAGAUGGAGAUAGCCAGUUUCCUCCUAACCAAAGAGAAUGACCCUGCUGAGGAGUCCCCUACCAAGAAGGAGCAACAGAAAGCCUGGGCAGUGAAUCUGAAUGGCUUUGAUAUAGAAGAGGCAAAGAUCCUCCGCCUCAGUGGAAAGCCACAGAAUGCUCCAGAAGGCUAUCAGAAUAAGCUGAAAGUGCUCUACAGUCAGCAAAAGACACCUGGAUCCAGCAGGAAGAAUGGCAGAUACAUUCCCUCAAUGCCAGACCGCAUCCUGGAUGCACCGGAGAUCCGCAAUGACUAUUAUCUGAAUCUCAUUGACUGGAGCUCUCAGAACUUCCUGGCAGUGGCUCUGGACAACUCUGUCUAUCUGUGGAAUCAUACUUCUGGGGAGAUUAUCCAGCUGCUGCAGAUGGAGCACCCAGAUGAUUAUGUUUCUUCUUUGUCAUGGAUUAAAGAAGGAAACUACCUUGCUGUUGGCACAAGUAAUGCUGAGGUCCAGCUCUGGGACAUACAGCAGCAGAAACGUCUCAGAAAUAUGACCAGCCAUUCUUCCCGUGUGGGGUCCCUCAGCUGGAACAGCUACAUCCUCUCCAGCGGGGCACGGACUGGCCACAUCCACCACCAUGAUGUCAGAGUGGCUGAGCAUCAUGUGGCCACACUUGCUGGCCACACACAGGAGGUGUGUGGACUCAAGUGGUCUCUAAAUGGCCGCUACCUGGCCAGCGGUGGCAAUGACAACCUGGUGAACAUCUGGCCAUGCACCCAGGGAGACAGUGGGGAUUUUGCUCCGGUACAGACCUUCACUCAGCACCAGGGUGCUGUCAAGGCUGUGGCAUGGUGUCCGUGGCAGUCAAAUGUUCUAGCCACUGGAGGUGGGACUAGUGACAGACAUAUCCGCCUCUGGAAUGUGUGUUCUGGCGCCUGCCUCAGUACUGUUGAUGCUCAUUCCCAGGUCUGCUCUAUCCUGUGGUCAACAAACUACAAGGAGUUCAUUUCAGGCCAUGGCUUUUCACAGAAUCAGCUGGUUAUAUGGAAGUAUCCAACAAUGGCCAAGGUCACUGAGCUGCGAGGUCACACUUCUAGAGUCUUGAACCUGACUAUGAGCCCUGAUGGUGCAACAGUGGCCUCAGCAGCUGCUGAUGAAACAUUGCGGCUCUGGCGCUGUUUUGAGAUGGACCCCAUAAAGAAGAAGGAGAAAGAGAAGGCCAACAGUGCCAAAAGCAGCAUCAUUCACCAGGGUAUCCGAUGAGUGCACGGGGCUGUUGGGGGGAGAGGGGGAAGUUUGGCUUACAACACUGUACAGUUAUUUUAAAUGUUAAUAAACUGCUUUCAUUUGACUUU